AUGGAGAAGGUGGCACAGAGGGUGAAGCGGCUGGAGGCUCAGGCGAGCAGAAAAUUGAAAGGACGCAAACAAGCAGUUGCGGCGGCCGAGAGAUGGGAGCGCAGAUUCACUCGACGACGAACCAUCUCCGCCAACAACCAGAACAUCAAAGCUGCGCGUAUCAACCGGCACAUCGACUGGGCCGCUGGUCCCCUAGCCCCUCGAAGAGAUGUGGGCGAGUUGGGUGAGAAAUUCGGGACGGUCUCCAUCUUCGACGCAGCACAACCAGAGCGAGAGCCGGAGGACAGGAAAUGGAUACCUUUGGAUAAAGGAGAUAGAGUGGUCAUCACGUACGGCAGGGACAGAGGCAAGAUAGGGCAUGUGCUGGAGGUGGACCAAGAGAGGCAGGCUGUGGCUGUCAAAGACUUGAACAUGAUGGACAUCUGGGUGCCGGACUGGUCGAAGCGGUCUACCCAGCAGGAAAAGAGCGUCAGUCCGCAACCUCGCCAUGUGCCAGCGGAGCACGUCAAGUUGGUGUAUCCGCUUCCGGAUCCUAGGGAUGGCAGACUGCGAGACGUGAUCAUCGACCGGCUGGAGAAGGUCAAGUUGGAGCCCCGGCGGGAGGACUACGACAAAAGCGCAGAGCCUCGAAAGGAGUUCAGGGCGAUACCUGGCGCGAAAACUAUCAUACCUUGGCCGGAAGUGCCGGAAGACCAGCCGGAGGAGGAGAACGACGAUGAUACACCGCGUAUCACUGUGGAUGAGAUCACCUUCCGCCCAUACCUCCUUUACCCGCCUAUGCCGACUUCAGUGAUCGACGAGCUCCGAAACAAGUACAGCAAGUUCCGGACACGGCAUACUUGGGAAUACGAGCAGAAAUUGGAGGCGGAGGCGCAGCGGGAGGAACGCAGGAGUCAGCUCGGUAAGACCAUGCGGACGCCGCUGCAGGAGCUGGCGGAGUUGCGAGCGAGGCAGAAGGCGGCAGAGGAGAGGCAGCUGUCGGACGAGCAAUUGGCCAAGAUUGGAGAGGUCAUGGCUGGCGAGAGACAGAAGAUGACCGAUACCGUGGCCCGACGGUAA